GUUUUAGCUAGACUGGUCAUCAGUAAACUGAGAAUGGAGCAGAAUCAUCUUGUAGCUGUCAAGCAUAAGCAUCAGAUGGAACUGAAUUCUGGUUGCUAUGGUGUUCAAAAUACAUUUACAACAGAUUUAUUGAAAUUUAUUUAUGAUCUGUUUGAUAAACCUUGUUACAGUGAUUUGAAGAUUGUAUUGGAAGGUGGACGUGAAAUAUUUGCUCAUAAAUUAAUUUUGUUGUCAAGAAGUGAUGAGUGGUGUAAUACAAAUCUACAAAAACUUGAUGAAUUAGCUCUAACAGAUGUUAAAUCUGAAGUAGGGUAUGCUAUGAUCCGAUGGAUUUAUACAGAUGAAGUUGAAGUAAAUAAUGGAGAAGAUUUUAUGAUAGAGUUAUUACAAGCUGCAAUAAAAUAUAAACUAAUGCUUCUAAGUAAUAGGUUACAGAAAGACUUGAUGUCCAUGAUUAAUGUUGAGAAUUGUGACAGGAUUUACCAGACAGCUCAGGCAUUAUCAGUUAAUGUGUUAAUAGAUUACUGUAAAGAAUUUCAGAGUGGUAGUGAUGAUAGUUAUCAGACAACAGAAACUGAAGGUAUAAUCCAAUCAGAUAAAAAUGAUGGUGAUGAUGAUGAUGAUGGUGAUGGUGAUGGUGGUGGUGAUGAUGGUGGUGAUGAUACAUAUAUCUCAGAUACCAACAACAUUUCAACUGAACUCAUAGAAUCAAACAAGCCAAACGUUAUACAGAAGAGAAAGAAAAAAAAUGUUAGAAAUCUCUCCCCUGCUGUCAUCGGAUCUGACGAAUCCAAGUUUAGUAGUCCAUUCAUCGAAUCCAAGACUCAGAUAUCUGUACUAAAACAUCGCACGUCACAAAAAAAGCGUAAAUCAUCGAGCAAUAAACUGAACAGAAUUAAAAAUAAACAAAAAAAAACGAAGCAUGAUAAGACGCUCGUCGUCGACGUAAAUACUGACUCUAAAUCUCAUGGUUGUGAUAUGUGUGGGAAGAGUUUUAUUAACAAUAGUAACCUAACUAACCAUAGACGAGUCCACACGGGUGAAAAACCCUAUAGAUGUGAUGUAUGUGGUAAAUCAUUUAGUGAGAAGGGAAAUUUACAGAAACAUAUUAAAAUACAUACAGGGGAAAAACCCUAUACUUGUGAAGUCUGUGGUACAUCGUUUAAUACAAGUCGUAGUCUACAGCGACAUUUCAUGACCCACAUGGGCGAGAAACCGUAUAAAUGUGAUGUUUGUGGUAAAUCAUUUAAUACGAGUAGUUACGUUGAGGUACAUAAACGAAUUCAUACCGGCGAGAAACCCUUCAUUUGUGACAUCUGUGGAAAGUCUUUCACAGAAAGUUGUAAUUUACAGGCCCAUAUAAGGAUACAUUUGGGGGCCAAAAAUUACAUAUGUGAUGUUUGCGGGAAGGCGUUUACACAGAGUACGUAUGUUAAAAUACAUAAACGUAUUCAUACAGGGGAAAAACCUUACAACUGCUCUUAUUGUCUUAAAUUAUUUAGAACAAGUAGUGCCAUGCAGACUCAUGUUAAGACACAUACAGGUCAAAAACCUUAUAAGUGUGAUGUUUGUAGUAAAUCAUUUAGAGAAAAUAGUACUUUACGAAAACAUGUAAAAACACAUAUGUAGCCAUUUGUGUUUAUAUCAAAUUUGACAGAUGUAUGUAGCAAUUUGUAUUAAUUAGAUUUUAUAGACUACAUAUAGGGAACAAUUUGUAUUAAUAUUAAACAUGCAUUAUGCAAGAGCUAAAUCUGCCUAUUCCGGGUCUUUCUUCAGGCCUGAAAUCUUAUCUAAAUUAUUAAUUAGACAUUAAUUAACCGAUCCAGACCAUAAUCAACUCUCGAUGUCAUUGUUAGCCAGUGAUGUUUAGUGGAUUUGAAUACAGUUUGUGAUGGAUAAUUUAACAUAAAAUGGAUAAUUGAUUGGUUUAUUAUCACACCAAAGUUGGUAAUGAUGUUGGAGGCUAGACUAAAAUUGAAUCGCUAAUAUCUUUGUUCAGAGUGAAGCAAUUUGACAGAAUCUCUUUAUCUAAUCUGGGGUAACGGUGGCUAAGUGGGUAAGAUGCUGGCUCCCUAGUCUGAAGGUUGAGCGUUCGAUCCCUGGCGUGGUUUCCCCUUGUCAUUGAUGCAGGACGGAGGGCCUGACAAGGACAGCUGUCUAGUCAUUCGGAUGGAAUGAAAAACAAAGACCCUGUGUACAUAUGGGUGUGCAUGUAAAAGAUCCCUGUCCGGGCAAAAUUUCCCUCAUAGCACACUGUAUGACGCAUGUCCGUCUUAACUAGCUCAGUCGGAGCAGAACAGUAGGACGUUAAACCCCAUUUCAUUUCAUUUCUUUAUCUAAUCUUACCUAAUGCCCCUUUAAAUUAGACUUUUCAGAAUAGAUAUAAAUCUGGAACAAAUUGUAUUUGUAUUGAAUUAAAUUACACAUUUCAUUUCUUUAUCUAAUCUUACCUAAUGCCCCUUUAAAUUAGACUUUUCAGAAUAAAUAUAAAUAUGGAACAAAUUGUAUUUGUAUUGAAUUAAAUUACACCUUUUAAGUAUACUUUAUAAGUAUAUUAAGUAUAAAAUAUAAUUGUAUUAAAUUAGAAUUUUUAAGAUAGAUGAACAAUUAGUUUUGUAUUUAUUAAAUUAUAAUUUAUAGGGGAGAUAUAUAUAUUUGUAACAAAUUGCAUUUAUAUUAAAUUAGACUUUAUAGGGGACAUAUAUAUAUAUAUAUAUAUAUGUGGAACAAACUGCAUUUACAUUUAUAUUGAAUUAGACUUUAUAGGGGACAUAUAUAUAUUUAACAAAUUGCAUUUAUAUUAAAUUAGACUUUAUAGGGGACAUAUGGAACAAAUUGCAUUUACAUGUAUAUUAAAUUAGACUUUAUUGGAUUGGUAGAUAUAUGUGGAACAAUUUUUAUUUCAUUUAUGCAGCAAUUUAUAUUAAAUUAGACUUUCAAAGGUA